CCAGCCCUGGGAGUCCACUUGGAUCUGUCAGGGCUCUACUUCUGGGAAUCAGACACAAACAGCAACUCUAACUUUGGAAAGGGUCUUCCUCCCCAGUCUCUCUUUCUCUCUCUCUGGGUUUUGCAGUCAUGUAUCAGAGGCUGUGGUCGUGGAUGAUAUACCUUUCCGGACUCACCCUGCAGCUCCUUUGGAAUUGUGAAUAUGAUGAUAAGGUGGCUGCUGGAAGCCUUAACAAGACCCAGUAUUCCGGCAAAUGGUACUUCAUCAUGAUGGCAGCGGACUCGGAUGCCUCACUGCUCAAGUUCAGGGCCAUGGACAGCAACACCUUCCAGCUCACACCCAUGGAGGCAGAGCAGAAGCUGCUCCUCCGAGGAGAGAUCCGUCUCAGCCAGUCAAUGAAGUGUUUGUCUCGACAGUGGAUCUAUCACAUCAACAACAAGACGCAAGAGAUGAUCCUGGAAGGCCGGCCUUAUCAGAAGACGGAGAUCUUCGUGAACGACAGUGACGAUUAUAUUGUGCUUCUGGAAUCACAAGAUAAAGGAUCAGAGAGGUUCCAAAGGCUGAUGCUUUACGGCAGAUCUCCAGCCUUGACCGACUUUGCCCGCCUGAAGUUUGAACACCGUGCCAAGUGCAUGAACUUGACUGCCAUUUUUGUUCUGGAACAGGCCCAAGAGCCUUGUGAGAUAUCUUGAGUUACAAUUUCCAAUCUUCAGGACCUUGGAAAUCAGGACUACGAGGGUACAACUCCUGAACUAUCUCCUCUGCAUAUGCUAUUGGUUUGCCCCCUUAUGGAGCAUCGGACAUCACAAUUAUCUUGUUCGCUGACAAUUAAUUCAACUGCUCUCAACACACAUCAUAUACAGUGCCAUAGGACCAGGAGGCAGCCAUUUUGAGGCCACUCUGCCAUAUUCAGUAAAAUCUUGGCUGCUUUCAUACCUCACCUCCACCUAUCCCUCUCCCUAUUCUCCCCUCCACCCCACCCUCCCCAUAUCCAAAGUCCAAAGAUGUACUGGUUAGGUGAAAGAUUUCGAUUUUCCUUCGUGUCCACUUUCUUUUGCUGUUCCUGAAACGACAAGACACUUUUCCAUGUUCCGAAGCCAACUGGAUCAUGCAAAUGCGGUGAAGUUUUGGAAAUUUGAGCUCAGAGCAAAACACACCCAUAAUUGAAACAACUGAUGCUUUUUGCUCAGUUUGAUGCUUUUUAAUUUAUGCUCAUAGAUGCAAAAAUCAGGUGCAUUCUUUUAUGGGUGCGCAAACAAGAGACUCAAUUUUUUCAGUGUGUACCACUGGAACAGUUUGCUUCUAACCCCGAUUUCAUUUUUAUUUUGGGGGGAUUUGAACAAAAACCCACUAUCUAGAAAUGUGCAACCCAUUAUGAAGUGUAGAGAAUCAAAAUAUUGAACUUCAGACAUUACUGGUGAUAACUGCGAGCUAUUGUUUGUACAUACGUACCUUUGUUCACUAGGAAUGAGCAACGAAUAAAGAUCUUGCAUCUAUACUGGAAGUUUGUGAAA